UCGGCGAGCCAGUGAGUGUGGAAUGAUGAGGAUGAUGCCUCCCUCCUACACAUCCAAAAGAGAGAGAAUCUUUUUGUCAUGCUACCUCUCCCUGCCGCAGAGCUCCGAGCGCACCAAUACACGCCGUAGGAGGUGUAGAAAAGGCGGGUCCUCCAUCUAACUCAGCCAAUGUGGGUGAAGGAGAGGCGCUCCCAGCUCGUAGUGCCCUUGUCGUUUCAGCACUGGGAUCCAGAGAGGAGGCAAGGCAGGACAGGCAGGUGCUUGGAAAUAGAUCACAUUGGGAAGAUCCAAAAAGGAUGCUAAGGAGCAAGUGAAUAACAGAAAAGUACAUUUCUUGGGAAUACUGACUCCAGUCUUGGUUUAUAUCUUUUUUUCUUUUUUUUUUUUUUUUAUCUCUCUUGACUUUGUUUCCCAGCUUCCUCACUUGGUGGAGUCUUCCUUCCUCCUCCUUGCACUCCUCAAGGAUUGCUGACAUUCACGCACACGCAUCUACUCGAGUACAGCCGCCAUGGAAACUGGGAGCCCCAGGAAGAUACAGUUCACCGUGCCACUACUGGACACCCACCUGGACCCAGAAGCAGCUGAACAGAUUAGGAGACGUCGACCAACACCCGCAACUUUAGUGGCAUCCAGUGACCAGUCAUCACCAGAAAUAGAUGAAGACCGUCUGCCUAACACACUGUACAAGGCCGCCUUGCUGAACUCUCCUCUACAGCGGCGGAAAGGACAAAAAGGAACGCCCACAAUGAAAGAGCUGCAGUUUCUGGUAGAGCAUCACCUAUACAGGCAGCAGCAAGGAGGCGCUGACGAGUGCUCCUCCGAGAGUUGUUUGUCGGACAGGCCCAGCCCGGAUUCAAUGGCCCCGGGGGAGGAGCUCCCACGGGAUGAUGAGGCCACUGCUGAGGCUUUUGAGAAGCUGCGUUGCCAAAUGGAGGCGGAGUUCUCCAGGGAGAGUCUUUCAGAAGCGACCGUCGACGGAUUGGAGUUCCCCCUCUCUAAGGAAGACGACGACCGCUCCAGGGUCGCUUUGUCAGAUCCUUCAUCACAGCUCAACAACGCACAAGCAGCCAAAAAGACGGCGACGUGCAGCACCAGUCAGCCAGCCGUCGAGAAGACAAUGAAUCUCUGCCCAGGGACAGAAAAAUAAAUAGAAGAUGAAAAGAAUUAAUGAAAGCGCUCGUGUGUACGUUGUAAA